AUGAUUCCUUCUCUAGUGUGUGGAGGAGGAAGAGGAGGUCAGAGUGUGUGGAGGAGGAGGUCAGAGUGUGUGGAGGAGGAGGAGGAGGUCAGAGUGUGUGGAGGAGGAAGAGGAGGUCAGAGUGUGUGGAGGAGGAGGAGGUCAGAGUGUGUGGAGGAGGAGGUCAGAGUGUGUGGAGGAGGAGGUCAGAGUGUGUGGAGGAGGAGGAGGAGGUCAGAGUGUGUGGAGGAGGAAGAGGAGGUCAGAGUGUGUGGAGGAGGAGGUCAGAGUGUGUGGAGGAGGAGGUCAGAGUGUGUGGAGGAGAAAGAGGAGGUCAGAGUGUGUGGAGGAGGAGGUCAGAGUGUGAGGAGGAAGGAGGUCAGAGUGUGUGGAGGAGGAGGUCAGAGUGUGUGGAGGAGGAGGCCAGAGUGUGUGAAGGAGGCGGAGGAGGCCAGAGAGGAGGUCAGAGUGUGUGGAGGAGGAGGUCAGAGUGUGUGGAGGAGGAGGCCAGAGUGUGUGGAGGAGGAGGUCAGAGUGUGUGAAGGAGGAGGCCAGAGUGUGUGGAGGAGGAGGUCAGAGUGUGUGGAGGAGGAGGUCAGAGUGUGUGGAGGAGGAGGUCAGAGUGUGUGGAGGAGGCGGCCAGAGUGUGUGGAGGAGGAGGUCAGAGUGUGUGGAGGAGGCCAGAGUGUGUGGAGGAGGCGGAGGAGGCCAGAGUGUGUGGAGGAGGAGGCCAGAGUGUGUGGAGGAGGUCAGAGUGUGUGGAGGAGGCCAGAGUGUGUGGAGGAGGAGGAGGUCAGAGUGGAGGAGGAGGAGGUCAGAGUGGAGGAGGAGGAGGUCGAGGAGGAGAAGGAGGUCAGAGUGGAGGAGGAGGAGGUCAGAGUGGAGGAGGAGGAGGUCAGAGUGGAGGAGGAGGAGGUCGAGGAGGAGGAGGAGGAGGAGGAGGAGGCGGAGGAGGCGAUGGCAAAAACAAUAUUUGAAAGAAGCACUUCAACAAAUAAAGAUCCUGAUCCUCCACAAUAA